CUCCGUCCUCCGCUUUGAGAAUCGUAACUUUUAUGCAGCCACAUCAACAAUGCUUCUCUAGACCAGCGCCGACUUCUUUUCUCUGAUUACUUGUGGAGCUAUUUAAAUCACUUCCACGACCGCUUAUCUCUUGCCACUGUCUUUCUUUCAUCACGCCGUACCGAACCCGCAACAAUGCCCCCGAAAUCAGGGCACCAGCGCGCGAAGAACGUCGACUAUGACGAUGACGAUGUCUACGAUGAUGAUGAUUACUACGAGGAAGAAGAUGGCGGCAACCUAAUGUCAGACGAAGAUCGAGAGCAAAUGAGGUUAGGCACAAUCAAAGUCAGGGAGGCUUUAGACUCAAGUACAAACGUCACGGAUGCUCAAAUACAAGAGGCAUUGUGGAAUUACUACUAUGAUGUCGGCAAAUCGGUCACAUAUCUCAAGAAUAAGUUUGCGCCCAAAGCUGCGCCUCAGCCAAAGAAACAGAAGCCAGUGUCACGGUUUGAUCAAGCAGCGAGCGCUGCGGGCGCAGAGGUCAAGACAACACCAGGUAAGCUCUUUCAUUUUAUAUACUAUAUAACGAGCCAUCAUGCACCGCACCUUUCCCGGAGCCACUCGUGCGCACGAAUGUCAAUGUCCACGAUUGUUCGAUCAAACCCUUCAGCUGGCUAAAGACUCCGCAGUCUUUCCCCUGCCCGUAUCGAUGGAUUAUACCUACGAGACUUCAGAGGACUUCUUCGCCGACGUUCCUUGGGGCAAAGUGCCUCCGCACCGA